CGGAGUGAAGAGAGCUGGCCAGAGCUAGGGGAGCAUGAUGGCUGAGGCCCCAGAGGAAGCUCAGAUGCCAGGGACCCCGGGUCAGGAUUGAGCGAGAGCAGAGCAAUGGGCUCCUCUGGACCCGGGUUUGCAGUGAUGGAGACACCAAGGAUUCUGAGGUCUUCAGAUGCAGGAAGUGAAAGGAGGUGUGGGGCAGACUGCACCUCUGUUUCCUUCUGGUCCAGUGCUUCUCUCCCAAAUGAUAAAAUUGAGGAAGUCAUGGGAACUCAAAAGAAGCGGAAAGGGAGUAGACACUCCCUGCAAGAGGAAAGCAGAGCUGGCCCCGUAUCCAGCUGCCCUGUGCACACCACGUCUGCCUGCGUUUUGAUUUCAAUUCCAUCCUGUUAUUUACUGCCCCAAUCAGGGAAACGGGAGAUUCCCAGAUUAUAGACUCCUGGUCUUUCAGACACAAAGACCAGCAGGUCUCCAGUCACUUAGGUGGCUCCUCCUUCAGUCACCUCCAUCCCAACUCUGCAGGAUUUAGUUUUUUCCAGCUCUGGUCACUGCUGCACAAAGAACUCAAGAAUCAUAGCCUCUGGACUUUUCACAGCCCUGCACGCGGGUCUUACCUGGUCCCAGCCUCCAUCUUUAUCCCAGCUCCUUCCCCAGCCUGGCCGCUGGCCCUGCCUCUACUUCAGCUCUGACAGCCUCAGAGGCCGUGUUGGUCCAAACAUGUCAGUGAAGUAUGAAGACCUCCAGUACUUGGAGAGUGAGAAGAAAAGCCAGGGGUUUACAGAUGGGCUGCCUGCCCUCGAGACCUUCCUGCAGCGGCUCCUCUCCAGCACCCGCUCCUUCCUGCUCUCCCUGGGCCUCAGCCUCCUUCUGCUGGUCGGCAUCUGUGUGAUCGGAUCCCAAAAUUCCAAGUUUCAGAGGGACCUGGCAACCCUGAGAACAACUUUCAGCAACUUCACUUCAAACACUACGGCUGAGGUCCAGGCACUGAAAUCCCAGGGUGAGCCUGGUGGAAGUUUGCAAGAAAUGAUAACAUCUCUGAAAGCUGAGGUGGAAAGUCACAAGCAGGAACUGCAAGCAGCCCGUAGCUUGAAUGACAAGGUGCUUUCUCUGGAGAGCAGCCUGGAGAACCAGCUGCAGGAACUCAAAGCAGGUUAUUCCGAAACGCUGUUGCGAGUCCAACAGCUGGUCAAGAACCUGAACUCCCUGACCUGCAAGAUGGCUGCUCUCAAGAGCAAUGGCUCGCAAAACAACUGCUGUCCUACCAGUUGGCUGGAGCAUGAAGGCAGCUGCUACUGGUUCUCUUCCUCGGGGAAGCCCUGGCCCGAGGCUGAGAAGUACUGCCAGCUGGAGGAUGCCUACCUGGUGGUCAUCAACUCCAGAGAGGAACAGGAUUUUGUCCAGGCCCAUAUAGGCUCCUCCUACACCUGGAUGGGCCUCAGUGAUCUGGAUGGAGUCUGGAAAUGGGCGGAUGGGACGGACUAUGAGACCAACUUCAAGAACUGGAAGCCAGGCCAGCCGGACGACUGGCAAGGGCACGGGCUGGGUGGGGGCGAGGACUGUGCCCACUUCCACCCCGAUGGCAAGUGGAAUGACGACGCGUGCCAGAGACCCUACCACUGGAUCUGCGAGGCUGGGCUGAGCAAGGGCAGCUAGGGGAGCGGACCACCUGGCCAAGGAAAUGGCGGGGCUGGGGGAGGGGGACCUUCUCCUGUGGGAGAGGAAUAAGCCCUGGGAGAUUGGAGCACUGCCAUUGUUUGGAGUUGGUUUUUUUUUUCCCCCUUAACUUUUAAAAGAUUAUCUAGAGUUCCUAAGGUAUUUUUUUAAAAAGUUCUGCUUUAUUGAGGUAUAACUUAGGUACAAAAAUUGUAAGAUAUUUAAAGUGUACAUCGUGAUUUGAUACAGGUAUGUGUUGUGAAAGGAUUCCCCCAUCUAGUUAAUGAACAUAUCCAUGACCUCAGAUAUUUAUCUAUUUUUUUAGGUGAGAACACUUAAGUUCUACUCUCUUAGCAAAUUUCAAUUAUACAAUACAGUGUUAUCAACUAUGGCCACUGUGGUUUUUAUAAUUAUUUUAUUUAAAAAAAUUUUAUAUUGGAGUAUAGUUGAUUAACAAUGUGUUGGUUUCAGGUGUACAGCAAAGCAAUUCAAUUAUACAUAUACAGGUAUCUAUUCUUUUUCAAAUUCUUUUCCCAUUUAAGUUAUUACAGAGUAUUGAGCAGAGUUCCCUGUGCUAUACAGUAGGUCCUUGUUGGUUAUUUAUUUUAUUUUAUUAUUAAUCUAUUUUAAAUACAGUAGUGUGUACACGUCAAUCCCAAACUCCCAAUCUAUCCCUCCCCCCAACCCUUCCCUCCUGGUACCAUAAGUUCGUUCUCUAAGUUUGUGAGUCUGUUUCUGUUUUGUAAAUAAGUUCAUUUCUAUCAUUUUUUAAAGAUUCUGUACGUAAGCAAUAUCAUAUGAUAUUUGUCUUCGUCUGACUUACUUCACUUAGUAUGAUAAUCUCUAGACCCAUCCAUAUUGCUGUGAAUGUCAUUAUUUCAUUCUUUUUAAUGGCUAAGUAAUACCCAUUGUAUAUAUGUACUACUUCUUCUUUAUCCAUUCAUCUGUCGAUGGACAUUUAGGUUGCUUCCAUGUCUUGGCUAUUGUAAACAGCGCUGCAAUGAAUAUUGGGGUGCAUGUAUCCUUUUGAACAAUGUUCUUCUCCAGAUAUAUGCCCAGGUGUGGGAUUGCUGGACCUUAUCGUAGCUCUAUUUUUAGUUUCUUUCUCUCUCUCUUUUUUUUUUGCCGUGCCACGCAGCUUGUGGGAUCUUAGUUCCCCGACCAGGGAUUGAACCUGGGCCCUUGGCAGUGACAGUGUGGAGUCCUAACCACUGGACCACCAGGGAAUUCCCUAUUUUUAGUUUUUUAAGGAACCUCCAUACUGUUCUCCAUAGUGGCUGUACCAAUUUACAUUCCCACCAACAGUGUAGGAGGGUUCCCUUUUCUCCACACCCUCUCCAGCACUAAUUGUUUAUAGACUUUCUGAUGAUGGCCAUUCUGACUGGUGUGAGGUGGUAUUUCACUGUAGUUUUGAUUUGCAUUUCUCUAAUUAUUAGUGAUAUUGAAUAUCUUUUCAUGUGCCUCUUGGCCAUCUGUAUGUCUUCUUUAGAGAAAUGUCUGUUUAGGUCUUCUGCCCAUUUUUUUGAUUGGGUUGUUUGUUUUUUUGAUAUUGACCUGCAUGAGCUGUUUGUAAAUUUCAGAAAUUAAUCCCUUGUUGGUCACAUGGUCACCGUGUUUUACAUUAGGUUCUCAGAACUUAUUCAUCUUAUAGCUGAAAGUUUCUACCCUUUUACCAACCCUUUCCUGUUCCCCCCAACUCCCGGCCCUUGGCAACUACCCUUCUACUUUCUAUCUGUGAAUGCAACUUUUUUUUUUUUUUUAAAGAGUCUACAUGUAAGUGAUACCAUACAGUAUUGUCUUUCUCUGUCUGGCUUAUAUUACUUGGUAUAAAUGCCCUCAAGUUCCAACCAUACUGUUGCAAAUGGCAGGAUUUCCUUCUUUAUCAUGGCUGAGUAAUAUUCCAUCAUUUUAUAUAUACAUAUAUAUAAUGGAUAUAUGGUAGAAUAUUAUUCUUUAUC